AUGAAACCUUUAUCCGCAAGAGAUCGCCGAUAUUCUGUAAGUAAUGCAUUUAGUAAUUAUGUUUUUACUAUUGCCAGUCGUCAGUCCUUAAUUUCGUUCAAUGUGAAUAUGUUAUAUAAGAAUGCAUAAUAAAUCGUGCUAUAUAUAUUCAUUAAAAUUAUAUGUAUUCAUUACCUAACAGGUAAUAAAUGCUAAGCGGUCAAGUACAUUGCUAAAAGAGGAAGGUGAACCCUCCACCUCGACUGAACAAGGUGAAACCUCAACAAUGGCUGAAGUUUAUACUGACAAAGGUGAACCAUCUACUUCAACAUUGGCUGAUCAAGAUGAACCCUCAACAUGGCCUGGGCCUAGUGGUACAGAGGAUACAUUUGUCCAAGCAAUUGCCAGGUUGGUAGUUGUAAACUAUUGUAUUUACUUAAUAUUAUUUUAUUUUAGACUAGCACAAGUGAAAAUACAAAAGAUGGUUGGUGCCAAACUGUUGAAGUUGCUUGUAAAAAUUGCACAAAGCUGAAAUAAGAGCUACUGCGAUUGAAGCAGACAAUACAGUUUUACCAAUCCAAAUUAAAUUUUUGUAAGUCAGCAAUCAUUAUUUUUGAUCGCCUAGUUACAUUAAUUUCACUAUAAUAUUAAAAAAUUAUGAGCAUGGCUUUAUUUACUUUUAUAAUAUAGCAUUUGUAAAUUCUGAAUGCUGAUUGGCUAAGAGCCAUGUUGAUAUAACUCAACGUCAACACAGAAAAGUCGGAAAAUUUCUUUCUUUGUAUUUCUAUGUGCUAUAUUAUAGACACUCGUGGAAAUUGGGAAAACUCGAAAUUGUGUGAAAACACUCCGCCCUUUGAGUUCGUGUUUCCACAAAAUUUCUUGUUUUCCCUAUUCCACUCAUGUUGAUAUAACUGUAUAUCAGCAUGGAAAAUGUUUUAUAUUUGUUAAAUAAUUUAUGUAUAAACUUAAUAGAUGAUGAAAAGUUCUGUGAUGAUCAUGAUGUUGGCACAAUCAGUACAACCCAUGAUGACAGUGAAGACAGUGAUGAUGAUGCUGGGGAUAAUGAUAGUGAAGAUGACAGCAAUGAUGGUGAUUUGUUGGAGCCAUCUUCUCAAACAGAGACAGAAGAAGAACCAAUGAUGGUGGACGAAACAGUUUCAAGUGAUACAGAGCCAGAGGAUGAAAGGAUUGUCCUCGUAAUAAAAAAUAAUUACAAAAAAAUUUGA